CUAUCUCAGUGGGGCUCAAUCACCUUCUAAUCCUGCUGCAUGAUAAGCCCAGUUUCAUCCCUCUCCAUUGCCCUCCAUCGCCAGAAACUUUGACGUGCUCGACCAGCCCAUUACCAGAGACCCGUGCCGCCACAACCACUACCCCGCGGGGUAUACCGACCAGCUGAGACAAACAACCUUUAUCUGGUGAUCGCAUGACAAGAUGACCGCGGAAGAAAGCAGUUCUUCCCCAGAUGGAGAUGAGAGUGUCAACAACGACCAUCAAGACGACACUAGUCAGACCAGUGACUCGGACUCUACCACCUCCCAGCCUCCUGAGGAACUCACAGCAGAGCUAGACUAUUACAGAGGUCUUCUCGAACGAAUCAUGAUGAUUGUCCGCAGCGGAGAUCAAGAGCGCGUCGCUCACUUGAUCUCAAUCAUUCGUGCCAAUCCCUCCGACAACGACAUAUAUGCUCUACUGAACGAAGAUCCUGCUAUCAACGAAAUUGCCGAAGACGAACAAGAUGAUGAGGCCUCCGAGGCACAGAACAACUAGAGCGACAUCCGAUUCAUGGGCCCCAUCAACUCCUACUCGUCUUUGACAAAUUCCUCAUGCUUCAUACGAGACUACUUUUGUUCAAUCCAUGU